ACGCCUCCUCAAGUUGAUUACAUUUGGCGAAUCAUCGUCAUGUUUGGUGCUUUACCCGCAGCUUUGACUUACUACUGGCGUAUGAAGAUGCCCGAAACAGCUCGUUACACCGCUUUGGUGGCCAAGAACAUCAAACAAGCCACAGCAGACAUGUCCAAGGUCUUACAUACAGAUCUUGAGGUUGAGGAGAGGGCCGAGGAUUUCGUCAAAGACCCCAGACAAAACUAUGGCUUGUUCUCCAAGGAAUUCCUUCGGCGCCAUGGGCUUCAUCUCCUUGGAACUACCUCCACUUGGUUUUUGCUUGACAUUGCCUUCUACAGCCAAAACUUGUUCCAGAAGGAUAUUUUCUCGGCCAUCGGAUGGAUCCCAAAGCCAGCCACCAUGAACGCGACCCAUGAGGUUUUCAGGAUUGCUAGGGCUCAGACUCUUAUCGCCCUUUGCAGUACAGUCCCAGGCUACUGGUUCACAGUUGCUUUUAUUGAUAUCAUUGGAAGGUUUGCGAUCCAGCUAAUGGGAUUUUUCAUGAUGACCGUUUUUAUGUUUGCAAUUGCCUUCCCUUACAACCACUGGACCAAACCAGAAAACCGUAUCGGAUUCGUGGUUAUGUACGCUCUCACUUUCUUCUUCGCCAAUUUUGGUCCAAAUGCAACCACUUUUAUUGUCCCGGCUGAGAUAUUCCCGGCCAGACUAAGGUCAACAUGUCAUGGAAUAUCGGCCGCGGCUGGUAAGGCUGGAGCCAUCGUUGGAGCCUUCGGGUUCCUAUAUGCAGCUCAGUCACAAGACAAGGCCAAGGUGGAUGCAGGAUACCCACCAGGCAUCGGAGUUAAGAACUCACUGAUCGUGCUUGGUGUUCUUAACUUCAUCGGUAUGCUCUUCACCUUCCUUGUCCCAGAGCCAAAGGGAAAGUCCCUCGAAGAACUCUCUGGUGAGGCUGAGGUUAGCCAUGACGAGAAAUUGUUAUAUAUUUUGUGACGAUGAAACUUUUGUAAUUUUCUAUUUUAAUUUUGUUAUUUGGAGUGCGAUGUUUGGUUUUGUUUUCAUUUUAUUCGUUCGCUGACUUGAAGGUAUGAUGUUAUAAGAAUAUUUAUGAUAUCAUUUAAAUCUUGUUGAAUAUUUUGAACU